GGUGCCCAGCCUGGGAUGUUUUGCGCACACCUUACAGCUCGUUGUCCAACAAGGUCUAUUGGCACAGUGAGCUGUAAGCGAUGCCAUUGCCAACGGGAGAAAAAUAGUGACCCACUUCAAACACUCCCCCAAGGCCUGCGCUGAACUCGAAGAUGUUGAGGACGAGUUGAAUAUUGAACCGAAGCGUUUACAACAGGACGUAAAGACCAGAUGGAGCAGUACGAAAAUGAUGAUCGACAGCCUGGUGCAUUGUAAGCGGGCACUGCAGUCCUAUGCAUCGGAUAGUAACAGCAAUCUGCCAGCCACGUUAAAUGGAAACCAAUGGUCGCUGCUAGAGAAAACGGCGACAGUCCUUAAACCCUUCCAAGAGCUGACAGCCGAGGUCAGUGCAGCUUCCGCCACAGCAGCCGAUGUUAUCCCAUCUGUCCGCGUGCUGACACGCUUUCUGGAGAAUGAGAGCGAAGAACACCGAGGUAUUCAAACCAUGAAGGCCACAUUACUUGAUGCGGUUCACACACGUUUUUACCUUGUGGAAAAGGAACCCCUCUAUGCCGUGGCAACAAUGCUAGAUCCACGCUAUAAAGACAAGUUCUUCACCAAUGCUACCAACCUGGAUCAGGCAAAGGAAGCACUAAAGGUAGAGGUGAUGAAAAUGGACCAAGAACUGAAAACCAUGCCCUCUGGAGAAGGUGUGGCUGAGGCUGAGACAGCAAGACAAACAACAGGAAUGGAGGCUGGAAGCUCAACCAGCAGCCUGGGCAGCUUCUUUGACGAGAUACUGGAGGAGAGCUGCACAGCAGGUCCGUCUGAGGAGCAGCAGAUCACCCCAGGGGCACUGUUUCAGUUGGAGAGCUACCUCAGUGAGCCUCCACUUGGGCGCAAGAGCAAUCCUUUUCACUACUGGAGAGACAAUCAGGCUCGACUACCCACCCUGGCAGCAACAGCAGCCAAGUUCCUCAGUGCUCCUUGCACCAGCGUUGAGUGA